UUUACUUCUCAUAAACAAUUCCUGUUUAAUGUGUAGUGACUUUCACAGCGCUCAGACUCACAUGAUUAGUCGCUUGUCACAAGGCGUUGUAGAGGAUUCGAGGAGGUUGACGAAACUGAAUUUAUUUCCCAUUUAAAGAGAUUUAAAGAUUUAGGAAUGAACUCAGGAAGAUAAAUCAGAUGCUGUGACUGGUUAAGCACUGAAAUAUGGCAUGUUUGGGAGUCCAGGCUGUUGUCGUGGCACUCGUGUGUGUGUUUGGAGUGGUAAGGAGUCAGACUACUCUCACCCCCGCUUUGACCGCUUCCACUGUUAUCGACAAUGUGACCAGCACCACAGUCAGUGAGAAUGUCACCACAACUACUCCCAUCAUGCUCAGCACCACUACGCCUGGCUGCUCAGUCUUCAACACCUCCAGCUGUGAGACCUGUGUACCAGGCACCUACUAUGACAGUGAGACCUUGCUGUGUUCAUGUUGUCCGGAGCCCGGGCUUUGCAUUUUCCCUACAGGCUGUCGUUCCUGCCCACUAGGUUUCUAUCAACCGCUAGCUGGCCAGCAGACGUGUCUUCCCUGCACACCAGGCUUCUACACUAAUCUCACAGGGAGCUCUGUGUGUCAGGCGUGUCCUCCUGGUUCUUAUACCAAUGAAAGUGGUUCAGUCUCAUGUCAGGCCUGCACACCAGGUUUUUAUGCAUCUAGACAGAACACCACUGUUUGUAACUCGUGUCCCGAGGGCACAUACUGCAACUCUUCCAGUUGUGCUCAGUGCCAGAUGUGUCCCGUCGGCUCCGAAGCCCUGAAGACUGGCAGCCAGGAGUGUUCUCUGUGUCACCCAGGCAUGCACAGGAACUCUGAUCAGAAAGUGUGUCAGAUCUGCAGCAGUGGUUUUUAUCAGGUCGACUGGGGCCAGAAGAACUGUAACAUCUGCCCUGAAGACUACUACUGCCCAAGUCCAGAUGUGAAUCCAAUCAAAUGCCCCAGUGAUGCGUUUUGCCCUCAGGGCAGCACGGCUCCAGGUUAUUGCAUGGAGACUUUCUUCAGGAAGGCUGGAGACACCUGCGAGCUUGCUCCUGUCACUAUAGCUCUAAUUGUCAUUGGAGGAGGAUUGAUCCUUCUGUUCUUUGUUGUUCUGGUUUUUCGGAAGAGAAGUGAUACAGACAGUGAAAUGUCUCUCUCACGUGCACCACUCCUACAGAAGAAUCGUCCUUCUUGUCAUGUGUAUGGAGUUCCAUGUGAUGCAGAUCCAGUGUAUGCAGGGUGGUGACAUGCUGAAAGGACAGAGAGAAAAACCGAACCUAAAAUCCUGUCAAGCUAAUGCAAACUCCAAUGUUGGACAUUUGGACAGCUUCUGAUAAUAUGCUAAAUAUUUGCAACAGUUUGAUAAAGUCCAUAGAUGUUUUCAGCUGCCAAGGUUUUUUUUUUUUUUUUCUGAAAGUGCACUUAGACAAAUCAAAGUGUCUUUGUUAUUAUGCUUUUUACUGCUGUCUGUUGCACACUGGUUGAAUGAGUACAGAGGAGUUUCCUUGUAGAAGUAUUUAUCCUCUUUUUAUUAAGAUACGUUUGCCAUAUGUGACAA